AUGGUUUCAAGGAUUCACAAGAGAACAGCCAUGUACAGGAACCUACAACUGCUUCGUUCAAUCAGAUACUCUCACUCGCGACCUAAAGCCUCAGUGUUAUUGGAUGUGUCAAAUUACAUACAGUGUUUGAAGAAAAAGUUGCAAGAGUUGAACCAAUUAACAGUUGCAACGGCUUGGAAAAACGCUGACUAUGAUCCAAUGCCUAAGCUUGAAGUUGAAACGCAGGAAGAGGGUUUUGUGAUAAAGGUGCUGAGUCAAAGGAGUUGUCAGGGGUUGUUGGUGUUUAUAUUGGAAGCCUUUGAAGAGCUGGGUCUUGAUGUGCUCCAGGCUAGGGUUUCUUGUGCAGACAGCUUCAGUUUAGAAGCUUUAGGAAACAAAGAGAACAAUGAAGAUAGUAAUCCUUUGGAUGCACAACUAGUUGAACAAGUAGUGUCUCAAGCUAUUCAAAACUGGAGAGAAGUUUCACAUAUAUAA